GAAAUAUUUGAGCUCUCAUGUGAUCAGGCGCGUAGAAUUCUGGGCGCCGACGUAUCAUGCCUUGGGUAUCGCGAAAAUAAAGGAAAUAGGCCAAGCAAACGAUAAUAUCGUUGAUUGGCUAGGGUUUGACAUCAGACAAAGAAUUCAGGCUGGUCGCCGUAGCAUGGAAAUCACGUAGUAGCAUAUCUACUCACUUGAACAACCAUACACAGACGUAGUAUUAGCUGGAGAAGUUCAUUAUAUCGGUUUUGCUUUCUGAGGUCCCGCGUUCGAAUCGCGACGAUGACGAGGGCUAAAAAAGAAGCUUUGGAUUAUUGCACUAUCAAGGGAAAUGGCAAGGUCGUCAAAGUGGGAGAUACCGUGCUCAUGCGCGCUCAGGAUCCCGAUAACCCUCCAUACGUAGCGCGAGUGGAGAAGAUUGAGAGCGAAGCGCGUAGCAACGGUCAUGUUAGGGUUCGCGUGCGAUGGUAUUACAGGCCGGAGGAAUCUAUCGGCGGUCGACGGCCAUUUCACGGCGUGAAGGAGCUCUUCUUGUCCGACCAUUACGAUACGCAGAUCGCCGACACCAUUGAAGACAAAUGCGUCGUUCAUUCUUUCAAGAAUUACACAAAACUCGACAGCGUGGGCGCGGAAGAUUAUUUCUGUCGCUUCGAGUACAAGGCCGCCACCGGCGCGUUUACUCCCGAUAGGGUGGCCGUGUACUGCAAGUGUGAAAUGCCGUACAACCCCGACGAUUUGAUGGUGCAGUGCGAAUUGUGCAAAGACUGGUUUCAUCCAGCAUGCAUGAAUCUAAAUACAGAACAGGCAAAAGCUAUGGAGUAUUUCUAUUGUCCAGAUUGUACAGAUGGUGACAAGAAACAAGGAAACCCUGCCAAAGAUUUUUCAGUUGCAAAGAAGGUGUGUUGCAGAUGUAAGGAGUGAACUUGUGACAAUGUCUAGAUUGCAAAAAGCUGCAGAGCAGCCUGAAUCAAAGCGGCAAAAGAAAUGACAAGGUGGAUGAUUCUUGUGGUCUAGAUCUGUUUUGUAAUUGCAGCUGAUAAUUGAGAUUGGUUCGUUGAUGAACUACCAACAUGUGGAUGUUUUCUGCAGUUGCCGUAUAUUCUCGAUAUUGCUGUUUUAGUGUGUCUAUGUGUAUAGUUUGUGAUCAGAUAUAAGUAGCAUUUUCCCCUUAGUUAUGGUGUUGUGCUAUAGUGAGUCAUCUUUUGCCUUGUUAUGCCAUAGCGAAUGAACAUAAUGUUUUGUACAGUGAUGAAUGUAAAAGGUACACAAGUACCAAUGGCGAAAGUAGAAACCAAGAUAUAGGUGGAUUAGGAGCGUGCAGGUGUUAAGCUUAUGUGUCAAUGAAACUAAGAGAACAAUUGGAUCAUGGGGUGGUUAGUUUAUGAUCUUGUUUGUGCAACUGUCUUGCUCCAUAAAUUUCAGAAGAAUUUGAUGUGUAUAUGUAUCAUUUAUAAAUUUCCAGGGUCAUUUUCUUUGA